CAAAAAAUUAACAUAACCUUACUAUUGCUUUGACUUAUGUCUUGUGUCAACACAGCAGUAUGAUUCAGGGCUGCCACAAAAAUAUAAAAAUAGGUUAAAAUUCGUUGUUCAAAACGUACAUCGAAAACGUGGAAAACGUAGGAUGCGUAGAAAACCGUAGAAACUUUCUGUAUUAUAUUGUGGCAGUUCUGCAUGAUCCUAAUUUAAUUUUUGACGUUCUUACAUUGCAGGCUUUUGCGUUUUUUGAGCAAAGUUGCUGAAUGUGUUUUGUGUUUUUUUUUUCGUUGUUUUUAUUGUUUUGUCCACAUGAUAACUUGAAGACUUGUGACCAUUCUGCUCUGCAUCGUUUUGUGUUGUGAAAUCGUUGAAUUUAGUGUUGAACUGAAGUUUUUUUACAUUUGUUUUUUGUGGUCUUGUACUUUACAAUGUCCUGUAGAGUACCUCAUAUAGAUAUAAUUCCAAAAAAGGAUAAUAGCUCAGAUUAUUUGAAAAAAGCGCAUCACUUCUAUGAGCAGUCAAACUUCCCAAAAGCCUAUAAAUAUUUUGUGCAAUACUUCGAAAGUCUUAACAGCAUUUCGGAUGUUUCCCCUGAGGAUCAGGGGAUAUUUACAGGAGUUGUAACUAAAAUUGCCACAGUGCUUGAAGAAACUGAUGAUGUUGAAGAACUUCUCAAGUGUUACUUACAAACAAUUAAUUUAUUUCCUGACAAUUAUUUCAUCUUAAACAGUCUUGGUGCUUAUAUGUUCAAAUUAGGAGAAAAUGAUAUUGCAAAGAAAUAUCUAGAACUUGCAUUGGAAUCACAUCCAUAUUUUUUGCCUGUAAAAAGGAAUUUAUUGCAUUUGAGUUGGAAUGAAAUGCCAAGGUGGCAUUUCAGAAUGAUGAAUGAUAGGCUGAGAAAUCAGGCAUAUGAUAAGGCAAUUACGUCACUUAUUAGUAAAGGGUACAAAAAUGCUAUUGACAUAGGGGCUGGAUGUGGUUUACUAAGUUUGAUAGCAUCUAAGAAUCCUGAAGCCUCAGUUGUAGCGAUAGAAGAAAGUAAACUCUUGCCAGAAUGUGUAAAGAUGUAUUGAUAGAGAAUAAUGUUAAAAAUGUUGUAAUAAUGAACUGUUAUUCCACAGAUAUCAAAGAACCAUUGGGUAAAUGUAACCUGAUAGUGACAGAAACAUUUGACGUUGCUCUCUUUGGAGAAAGAGUCCUAGAAAGUAUUCAUCAUGCACUUAGUACCUUGAAAACGGAAGACGAUUUCAAAGUAGUGCCUGCUAGAGCCAAAGUGUACAUAACAGGUUGCUCUAUCUGUCUAAACAUGGUGUUUCGAC